AUGACAGAGCAGAGCCUCGCCAGUGGUGGUAAACCGUGGCUUCUAACAGGCAUCGGCCAGCUGCCCAAGAUCGUCGUGACUGCCGCUGCCGCCUACGAAGACGUGUUUAAAACACAGUUUGACGUGUUCGUACGCGGUCCGGGUGAGACGGUGUUGGAAGUCUUGGGCGAGGGCAUCUUCAACGUGGACGGUGACAAGUGGAAGCACCAGCGUCGCGUCACGAGCCACCUCUUCUCCAUGCACAUGCUCAAGGACUGUAUGAACGCCGUAGUUCGUGAGAAGACCGUCAAGCUUCGUGAUGUACUCGCCAUGUGUGCUGAACGAGGAGACUCCGUGAGUAUGAAGUCGCUGCUCAACAAAUACACUGCCGACACGUUCACGCGCAUCGGCUUCGGCGUGGAACUCAACGGCCUUGACGAGCCUGUGGACGUCGAUACGACGCAGCCAUUGGACGCUGCUCUUCGGGUAGUGCAGACUCGACUUCAGAGUCCUGUGUGGCUCUGGAAACUCCGUCGGAUCUGA